UCCCAUUUGCAUCCCGAUUUUAGCCUACGCGCUUUCCUAAUUGGCUUAUCUUAGCCGUCUGUCUUCUCGCUCGCUCAAUAUUACUAGCCAACAAAGCGUAAUUAACACAAUUGUGUUUGUAAUCUUUCUUUCUUUCUUUCUUUUCUAUUGCUUAUUACAAAAAAAAAAACUCAUUUUUUUUGAAGCAAUAUCGUUCACUGAGUCAACCACUGCAAAAAUCUUAGCUUUGUCGCCAGAGGAAAGUAAUCAUGAGUUGCUUCAGCUGUUGCGGAGAAGAUGACAUGCAUAAGUCUUACGACAAUGGACCUUACAUGGCAAAUAACGCAGCAGGAAACAAUGGAGGCUAUCGCACGACUGAAGCCGCACCAAAGGACACACAGGCUGUAGCCAUUCAGCCCAUCGCUGUUCCUACUGUCCAGGUGGACGAAUUGAAGGAAAUUACUGAUAAUUUUGGUACAAAGUCAUUAAUUGGUGAGGGAUCAUAUGGAAGAGUCUACCAUGGUGUUUUAAGAAGCGGACAAGCUGCAGCUAUUAAAAAGUUAGACUCUAGUAAGCAACCAGAUCAGGAGUUUUUAGCUCAGGUUUCUAUGGUAUCAAGGCUUAAACAUGAUCAUGUCGUUGAGCUACUUGGAUACUGUGUAGAUGGUGGUUUGAGAGUACUUGCUUAUGAGUACGCUUCAAAUGGAUCUCUUCACGAUAUUCUUCAUGGCAAGAAAGGUGUAAAAGGUGCACAACCAGGUCCAGUUUUAUCAUGGUCUCAGAGAGUUAAAAUUGCAGUUGGGGCUGCAAAAGGACUCGAAUACUUACAUGAAAAAGCACAGCCUCAUAUUAUUCAUCGUGAUAUAAAGUCAAGUAAUGUGCUUCUUUUUGAUGAAGAUGUUGCAAAGAUUGCAGAUUUUGACUUGUCAAACCAAGCUCCUGACAUGGCAGCAAGACUUCAUUCCACGCGUGUUCUUGGAACCUUUGGCUAUCAUGCACCUGAGUAUGCCAUGACUGGACAGCUCAGCUCAAAGAGUGAUGUCUACAGCUUUGGAGUUGUUCUUUUGGAACUCUUGACUGGACGAAAACCCGUUGACCAUACUUUGCCACGUGGUCAACAGAGUCUAGUCACUUGGGCAACACCAAAACUUAGUGAAGAUAAGGUGAAACAGUGUGUUGACACUCGACUGAAUGGAGAAUACCCUCCAAAGGCAGUUGCCAAGAUGGCGGCAGUUGCAGCCUUGUGUGUGCAAUAUGAAGCUGAUUUCAGGCCAAAUAUGAGCAUUGUUGUUAAAGCAUUGCAGCCAUUGUUGAAUGCUCGACAUGGACCUCAAACAGAAGCACCACACUUGUGAAUUCAUCUCUUUAUUUAUGUUGAAUAUAUGGAGUAUAUGUUUAUUGUUUUUGAACAACAGGCCACCUAAACGUAGCAUAUAUUUAUGUAUGAUUUGUAGAAUCAUUCUUUUGUUUGAUGUUUACCAGCAAGGUUUUAAAUUUCUCAAUCUUUACAAAUGUGUAAGAUUUCUUGGAAACUUUCAAGGAUUGUUUGUAAUGCAAUUGUCUUGGGUUAAGAUUA